UACAGUAUGAUUAAAACAAUAAGAUUACUUAUUGAUAUAUGACCAAAAUAGGAUAUUACGAGAGAUACGAUAAAGGAGGCCUGAAAUAUUCACAUGACCGUGAAAUAAAAGUCAAGUACUGUAGGAGGCAAAUGUUAUCUUCUUAUCUGUUUAAAUAUGAAACUCUAAUUACUAUAUCCAUUUAGGCAAUGCAUGUGGGAGUAAAGCAAGCAGUUGGGUUAGCUCUAUGUUAUUCUAGCUUGUAACAUCAGAAAUCAGAAAGAAGCCAGAUAUGGAAAGACACUGGUUCUGGCUGUACAUUACAACGUUUACAGUUUUAUGGGGAGCCUAUCAACUUAACAAAGAGCCAGUCGCAACUUUCCAUUCCAAAAGUUUCAACAACAGCAUUGAAAUAACAAAUUCCACAACGUCCAAUGCUGUCAUCACCAAAGGAUCUAGAGCUUCUACAUCGCUACAACUCGUUAUUGCAGUGGCCCGUCACGGUAAUCGGGCAUCUGACUUCUCGGUCGCUAUGCCAUUGUGUUACCCGGUCAACGACACCAACACUUGGCCUUAUGGCCCGGGACAGCUGACCAAUAAAGGCCGACUUCAAAUGCACAGAUUGGGAAAGAGAAUCCGAUCUUUAUACGAUGGGUUUAUUAGCCAAUAUUACCUCCCAGAGCAGGUGAUGGCUUACACUAAGGACGAGUCCCGACUAGUCAUGAGUGCCGAGCUGCUCCUGGCGGGUCUGUUCCCUCCCAGAGGUUACCAGGUGUGGAACAGCGACUUGCUGUGGCAACCCGUCCCAGUCUUCCGCAACUACAAGGAACACACAAGGAGGGCGAUUCCCGUGAAUGCAUCGGCAUGUCCAAAAUUUCAAAGAGCACAAGCCAGUUCUUUAGAACAAUAUGAGGAAAAGUAUGGUAGAAACGUGACUGACCUCGUGGAAUAUGUUCAGCGAGCUACUGGAAUAAAUAUAGUAAACGACGUCCCACGCAAUUUCGUCGACCACAACCUCUAUAGGAUUGCAUUAUGGUUUAUUUGGGAAUCUAUAAUUCAUGCGGUAAGAAGUUUAACGGAUAAUGAGGGAUUGAAGUUACCGGAUUGGGCGACGAGAAUCUAUCCGGACCCUAUCGCCCACCUAAUAUCUGAACUGACAAAAGCCUACGCUACCGCCUCGGAUACGCAAAUCAAACUUUUCCAAGGAGAAAUAUUUCAAGAAAUCAUAAGCUUCAUGCAACACAAAGUGGAACAAAUGAAAGCCCCUAAGCGCUUUUACUUGUACACUUUUCACGACGGGACGAUAUUCGGUUUGAUGCACAUUUUGGGACACAGUAACUACAGUGUGGUCCAGGCAAAGACUGGAUCUGCUUUGAUAUUCGAACUGCACAGAGACCCACAGAGCGGUGGACACUAUGUGAAAGUUGUGUUUAUAAAUGGUGCAACUCAGGAGUUAGAACUUUCGGAAGUCAACAUCCCCGGCUGUGACUCUCCCUGUGACUUUCAUCUGCUAUGCAACAUCACUGAGAAAUAUUAUAAUGUUGAAGAUUGGAAAAAGGAAUGUGAAAAUUUAGUCAAAGAAAUGUUUUGUUGAGAACCAAACUUGUUUCCUCUC